CCCUCCCCGUCGCCCUGCCCCUCGCGCUGUGUCCCGUCCCCGCUGCCCCUCCGUCCUCCCCGUCCCCGCCGCCACUGCCACCACCUGCCACCCCGCGCGGCGCUCUUGCCGAGGGAGGCGGGCGCCAUGGCGGCCGAGGCCCUGGCGGCCGAGGCGGUGGCUUCGCGCCUGCAGCGGCAGGAGGAGGACAUCCGCUGGCUGUGGGCCGAGGUCCAGCGCCUGAGGGACGCGCAGCUGAACGCGCCGGACCGCGGCCCGGCCGAGGGGCCCUGCCUCACGCGGGAGGUGGCGCAGCUGCGGGCGGAGAACCGCGACCUGCGGCGCCGCCUGUCCCGCCUGCGGCUGUGCCUCGCGGAGGAGCAGAGCCACCAGGCGGCGCCGGAGGAGGCCGGGCGCGCGGCUGCCGGCGCGCAGGAGCUGGAACAGCAGCUUCCUUUGCUUGGAAAGAAAAGAAAAUGCUGGCGCGUUGAAAGCUCUGUUCCUCGCUUGGGCAGGUUGGGGUCUUGCUGUCUUGAGGUCUGGCCUCCUCCUCGCCAAAACCAAGGAAAGGACAUUCAAAAUGCGACGGAGGAACGGGAGCCUGAGAGCGAGGUGAGAAACCAACCAGACUUCAUAAAGGAAAGACUGGCCCUGUUUGAGACAUUGAAGAAAGAGCAUCAGCUGUCACGUGCCCCCGGUGGGAGCCAGGGGAGCGCAGGCGAAGCCAUCACAGUGAGGGUGGCCGAUGGGAAAACCGCGGAAGGGGAGGCGUGGAAAACCACACCGUACCAGGUGGCUGCUGACAUCAGUCGAGAGCUGGCCGAAAGCACCGUAAUAGCCAAGGUCAAUGGUGAAUUAUGGGACUUGGACCGCCCGCUGGAGGGGGACUCCACGCUGGAGCUGCUUACGUUUGACAGUGAGGAGGCACAGGCUGUGUACUGGCACUCCAGCGCCCACGUCCUGGGCGAGGCCAUGGAGCUCUACUAUGGAGGCCACCUGUGCUACGGUCCACCCAUCGAGGACGGGUUUUAUUACGACAUGUUCAUCGAAGACAGAGCCGUGUCCAGCACGGAGCUGCCGGCGCUGGAGAGCAUCUGCAAGACGAUUACAAAGGAAAAGCAGCCUUUUGAAAGGUUGGAAGUCAGCAAGGACGUCCUUCUGGAGAUGUUUAAGUACAAUAAGUUUAAGUGCCGCAUUUUGAACGAGAAGGUUAACACUCCAACCACCACGGUUUACAGGUGCGGCCCGCUCAUCGACCUUUGUAAAGGCCCCCACGUGAGACACACCGGAAAAAUCAAAACCAUAAAAAUUUUCAAGAAUUCCUCCACCUACUGGGAGGGCAACCCCGCCAUGGAAGUGCUGCAGCGGGUCUACGGGAUAUCCUUCCCCGAGAGCAAGGCGAUGAGAGCCUGGGAGAAGGUCCAAGAGGAGGCCAAGAGCCGAGACCACCGGCGAAUCGGGAAGGACCAAGAGCUUUUCUUUUUCCACGACCUGAGUCCGGGCAGCUGUUUCUUCCUUCCCAGGGGAGCCUUCAUCUAUAACACACUGAUGGAUUUCAUCCGCGAGGAGUAUCACCGCCGGGACUUCACGGAAGUGCUCUCUCCCAACGUCCUCAACAGUAAACUCUGGGAGGCCUCAGGCCACUGGCAGCACUACAGCCAGAACAUGUUCACCUUCCAUGUGGACAAGGACACUUUUGCCCUUAAACCCAUGAACUGCCCAGGGCACUGUCUCAUGUUUGCCCACCACCCGCGGUCUUGGAGGGAAAUGCCCAUUCGAUUUGCCGACUUUGGGGUUCUUCAUAGAAACGAGCUGUCGGGAACCUUGAGUGGCCUGACCCGGGUUCGACGCUUCCAGCAGGACGACGCCCACAUCUUCUGCACCGUGGAGCAGAUUGAAGAGGAAAUCCGGGGGUGUCUGCAGUUCUUGCAGUCUGUUUACUCCACGUUCGGCUUCUCCUUUCAACUGAAUCUGUCAACACGGCCGGAGAACUUCUUAGGCGAGCUCGAGCUAUGGGACGAGGCUGAAAAGCAACUGCAGAAGAGCUUGAUGGAAUUUGGAAAACCAUGGAAGCUGAACCCAGGAGAUGGAGCAUUUUAUGGCCCUAAAAUUGACAUCAACAUCAAGGACGCCUUGGGCAGGUCCCAUCAGUGUGCGACCAUCCAGCUGGACUUCCAGCUCCCGCGGAGGUUUAAUCUCACCUAUGUCAGUAAGGACGGGGAUGACAAGAAGAGCCCUGUGAUCAUUCACCGAGCCGUUCUGGGCUCAGUGGAAAGAAUGAUAGCCAUCCUGUCGGAAAACUACGGGGGGAAGUGGCCUUUCUGGCUGUCUCCGCGUCAGGUGAUGGUCAUCCCUGUGGGUCCGACUUGUGACAAGUAUGCACUUCAGGUGUCCAGCACAUUUUUUGAAGAAGGAUUCAUGGCCGACGUCGAUUUAGAUCAUAGCUGUACACUGAAUAAGAAAAUCCGAAACGCACAGCUGGCUCAGUAUAAUUUUAUUUUGGUGGUUGGAGAAAAGGAAAAAGCAAACAAUGCUGUCAACGUUCGAACAAGGGACAACAGAAUUCAUGGAGAGGUAUCACUCGCUUCUGCCAUCGAGAAAUUGAAGAAUCUCAAGAAAUCGCGGACACUAAAUGCUGAGGAAGAAUUCUGAAGUCUUUCCUUGCUCUCCCUUCUGUGUAACCUUGUUUUGACACCCCCACCC